GAUUUUUUUUAGUAAUUUUUUAUUCUGCCCCAGCUGAUGUGUGAGCCAGCAUGUCGCGGAGGAAGCAAGCGAAGCCGCAACAUUUCCAAUCCGACCCCGAAGUGGCCUCGCUCCCCCGGCGAGAUGGAGACACAGAGAAGGGUCAACCAAAUCGAACCACUAAGAACAAGGAUGCCCACGUCUGUGGCAGGUGCUGUGCUGAGUUCUUUGAAUUAUCAGAUCUUCUACUCCACAAGAAGAACUGUACUAAAAAGCAAUUAGUUUUAAUCAUAAAUGAAAAUCCUCCUUCCCCUCCCGAAACUUUCUCCCCUAGUCCCCCUUCGGAUAAUCCUGAUGAACAAGUGAAUGACCCAGUUAACAAAACAGAUCAAGUAGACUGCAGCGACCUUUCAGAACACAACGGGCUUGACAGGGAAGAGUCCAUGGAGGUGGAAGCCGCAGCUGCUAACAAAAGCGGCAGCAGCGCUCCCAGCGGCAGCAACAGCAGUAGCACCCCAAGCUGCAAGGGUAGCCCCUCCACAGGUACCUCAGCCAUCACAACCUCUCUACCUCAACUCGGGGACCUGACAACACUGGGCAAUUUCUCCGUGAUCAACAGUAACGUCAUCAUCGAGAACCUCCAGAGCACCAAGGUGGCAGUGGCCCAGUUCUCCCAGGAAGCGAGGUGCAGCGGGGCCUCUGGAGGGAAACCGGCCAUCCCGGCUCUCAUGGAGCAGCUCCUAGCGCUGCAGCAGCAACAGAUCCACCAGCUGCAGCUGAUCGAACAGAUUCGGCACCAAAUACUGCUGUUGGCUUCACAGAAUGCAGACUUGCCAACAUCAUCUAGUCCUUCUCAAGGUACUUUACGAACAUCUGCCAACCCCUUGUCCACGCUAAGUUCCCAUUUAUCUCAGCAGCUGGCGGCAGCAGCUGGAUUAGCACAGAGCCUCGCUAGCCAAUCUGCCAGUAUCAGUGGUGUGAAACAGCUACCCCCAAUUCAGCUACCUCAGAGCUCUUCUGGCAACACGAUCGGUCCAUCCCACAGUGGCUCUUCUCCCAAUAUCAACGUAUUGGCGGCGGCAGUGACCACCCCCUCCUCAGAAAAAGUAGCUUCCAGUGCUGGGCCAUCCCACGUCAGCAACCCAGCCGUCUCAGCGUCAUCCUCACCAGCUUUUGCAAUAAGCAGUUUAUUAAGCCCUGCAUCGAAUCCACUUCUACCUCAGCCAGCCCCUGCUAACUCGGUUUUCCCCAGCCCUUUGCCCAACAUUGGAACAACCGUGGAGGACUUAAAUGCCUUGUCUGCCUUGGCCCAGCAAAGAAAGAGCAAGCCACCAAAUGUCACUGCUUUUGAAGCAAAAAGUACUUCGGAUGAGGCGUUCUUCAAACACAAGUGCAGGUUCUGUGCGAAGGUCUUUGGGAGUGACAGUGCCUUGCAGAUCCACUUGCGUUCUCAUACUGGAGAAAGACCAUUCAAAUGCAACAUCUGUGGGAACAGGUUCUCCACAAAGGGAAACCUGAAAGUUCACUUUCAGCGCCACAAAGAGAAAUACCCUCAUAUCCAGAUGAACCCCUACCCUGUGCCUGAGCAUUUGGACAAUAUUCCCACAAGUACCGGGAUUCCAUAUGGCAUGUCCAUCCCUCCCGAGAAGCCAGUCACCAGCUGGCUAGACACCAAACCAGUGCUGCCCACUCUGACCACUUCUGUUGGCCUACCAUUACCCCCGACCCUCCCGAGCCUGACACCAUUCAUCAAGACAGAGGAGCCAGCCCCCAUUCCCAUCAGCCAUUCUGCUGCCAGCCCACCAGCCUCAGUCAAAAGUGACUCUGGGGUCCCUGAGCUGGCUACAAGAAACCCAGCUGGGCUCCCUGAGGAAGCGGAAGGGUCCAGUUUGCUACCCGCCAGUGGCAAAACUGAGGAAAACAGCGUGGUCCCUGGUUCAAUCCUGACAGCAAGCAACAGCUCCCUGAGCUCCCCCGCUGGGGACCCUGGCCCAGGCAAUGCCGCCACCUUCACCAACCCGCUGCUGCCACUCAUGUCAGAGCAGUUCAAGGCAAAGUUUCCUUUUGGAGGGCUUUUGGACUCGGGCCAGGCCUCAGAAACGUCCAAGCUGCAGCAACUGGUUGAGAACAUUGACAAGAAGGCAACUGACCCCAACGAGUGCAUCAUCUGCCACCGUGUCCUCAGUUGUCAGAGCGCCUUGAAAAUGCACUACCGGACGCACACUGGGGAGAGGCCCUUUAAGUGCAAAAUCUGUGGCCGGGCUUUCACCACGAAAGGGAAUCUGAAGACUCACUAUAGUGUCCACCGGGCUAUGCCCCCACUCCGAGUCCAGCAUUCCUGCCCCAUCUGCCAGAAGAAGUUCACCAAUGCGGUGGUCCUGCAGCAGCACAUCCGAAUGCACAUGGGAGGCCAGAUCCCCAACACGCCCGUCUCUGAGAGCUAUCCUGAGUCCAUGGAGUCGGAUACAGGCUCCUUCGAUGAGAAGCAUUUUGAUGACCUCGACACCUUCUCUGAUGAAAACAUGGAAGAUUGUCCCGAGGGCAGCAUCCCCGAUACGCCCAAGUCCGCGGAUGCAUCCCAAGACAGCUUGUCCUCUUCACCUUUACCCCUAGAAAUGUCGAGCAUCGCUGCUUUGGAAAAUCAGAUGAAGAUGAUCAAUGCCGGCCUGGCCGAGCAGUUGCAGGCCAGCCUGAAGUCCGUGGAGAAUGGGUCCAUGGAGGGGGAUGUCCUAACCAAUGACUCAUCGUCAGUAGGUGGUGACGUGGAAAGCCAAAGUGCUGGGAGCCCAGCCAUUUCAGAGUCUACCUCUUCCAUGCAGGCUCUCUCCCCAUCCAACAGCACCCAGGAGUUCCACAAGUCACCCAGCAUGGAGGAGAAAUCUCAGAGAGCAUUACCAAGUGAGUUUGCCAAUGGUUUGUCUCCCACUCCAGUGAAUGGUGGGGCUUUGGAUUUGACUUCCAGUCAGGCAGAGAAAAUAAUCAAAGAAGAUUCUCUGGGAAUCCUCUUCCCUUUCAGAGACCGGGGUAAAUUUAAAAACACUGCUUGUGACAUUUGUGGCAAAACAUUUGCCUGUCAGAGUGCCUUGGACAUUCACUAUAGAAGUCAUACCAAAGAGAGACCUUUUAUUUGCACAGUUUGCAAUCGUGGCUUUUCCACAAAGGGUAAUUUGAAGCAGCACAUGUUGACACAUCAGAUGCGAGAUCUACCAUCACAACUCUUUGAGCCCAGUUCCAACCUUGGCCCCAAUCAGAACUCUGCAGUGAUUCCCACCAACUCAUUGUCAUCUCUUAUCAAGACAGAAGUCAAUGGCUUUGUGCAUGUUUCUCCUCAGGACAGUAAGGACACCCCCAGCAGUCACGUCCCUUCCGGGUCUCUGCCAUCCUCUGCCACGUCCCCAGUUCUGCUCCCAACUCUGCCCAGGAGAACCCCGAAACAACACUACUGCAACACGUGUGGCAAAACCUUCUCUUCCUCGAGUGCCCUACAGAUUCACGAGAGAACUCACACUGGAGAGAAACCCUUUGCUUGCACAAUUUGUGGAAGAGCUUUCACGACAAAAGGCAAUCUUAAGGUACACAUGGGCACUCACAUGUGGAAUAGCACCCCGGCACGACGUGGUCGGCGACUCUCUGUGGAUGGUCCCAUGACAUUUCUAGGAGGCAAUUCGGUCAAGUUCCCAGAAAUUUUCCAGAAGGAUUUGGCAGCAAGGUCAGGAAGUGGGGAUCCUUCCAGUUUUUGGAAUCAAUAUGCAGCAGCGCUGUCCAAUGGGCUCGCGAUGAAGGCCAACGAGAUCUCCGUCAUUCAGAAUGGUGGCAUCCCUCCAAUUCCUGGAAGCCUUGGCAGUGGUAGCAGCUCACCUAUUAGUGGGCUGACAGGAAAUCUGGAGAAGCUCCAGAACUCAGAGCCGAAUGCUCCACUGGCCGGCCUGGAAAAAAUGGCCAGCAGUGAGAAUAGAACCAACUUCCACUUCACCCGCUUCGUGGAGGAAAACAAAGAGAUCGUUACGAGUUAAACUGACUGGGGCUUGAGAACGAACAUUCCUGUUCAGAGUGUGACCUCCAUUGGCCGCCGCCACCUCCUUCCUUGUCCCACCCCUUGCCCUCUAGUCCCCUAGAUUUAUGAACUACAACAUUAUGAAGACACUCUUUUGUACCUUGUUCAACUUCUAGAGUUCUAAGAAAGCUAUUUAUUAGUGAUAAUAACCUUGCUUUGCAAAGAGAAUGCAAGAGUUAACUUUGGUCUUCUGUAUUUGGAACUAAAUACUAAUUGACUAGAGUGUUGUAAACUUGCUGUAACAUUUAUGGCAAUUGCAAGUUGCCCUGCUAGGCGGUCUUAAUCUGGCAUUAACUUAUUUUCUAUAUCCAGUUUAAUAUGAAUCUGGUGUUGAUGCAAUGCCUCCGUGAUGCAUUAGAUCUCUAAUAAAGACUGUAUAUAAAUGUAUACUCUAAUCCUGCUGGAAAAUUUUAUCAGCAAACACAUUGUCUAAUCUCACAAAGCAAAUUCAAAGGACUAAAAGUACAGACUGAACAGAGUGGUUCUCUGAAAGGUUCAAGUUUUGUUUUUGUUUUUGUUUUUUCAUUUUAAUUCUAAAUUCAACUUUUGGGGGGGGGUAGAUUUAACCAUUUCCGUUUUGAACUGCUAUUUGUAUUGUGCAUUUUACUUGAGUCGUCUUUAAUGUUAAUAAGUUUCUGUACAGUAAUAAGCACGCAGAGAUCUUUAGAGAAAUUUACAAGUGUUGUUUUGGUAGUUGAAACUGAGACGUAACAUUUUGCCUUGUAGGUAUAUUCACCAUAGAAACUGUGUGCUGGAAUUUCACACUGCUGCUAAGUAUAGCAUCUUGAACAACCUUCAGUGGCGAAAACGGAGAUGCUCUUGUACAUACAUACAAUGAGAAAUAUCACUUUCAUUAAAAUGUACAUAUGUUCCUUACAAGAGCGAAAGCUUCUUCCUGAUCAAGAAAGCAGAUAGAAUGUUGGUUUAUUUUGUAUUAGGUAUGGAGGAAAAAAAUUGGACUGUUACAUGCACUUUCUUAGAAAGUUGAAAAUAAAGGGGGGAAGAUCCCAUUUCUUUAACAUUUAAUACUAACAACAGAGGUACUGUAAUUUUACUUAAGUAAUCAAAUACAUUUUUUUGGCAACAGAUAAAACAAAGCACUGUGUCUGUGA